AUGGAGUCCAAGGAUAACAACUUGGACAGUGGUUCCAAAGGGACUGCGAGUGACGAGUCUCCUUCCAUGCCUCAAGGUUUGACGAGGCAAGUGUGGGAGAUCGGGCAAAGUGUUAGGAGACAUGAGUACUCUCCUACUGCUACAGGUUGUACCAUAGAGAGGUUCACCCGCAUGCACCCUCUAACGUUUAUGGGAGGACUCGAUCCGAUAGUAGCAGAGAACAGGGUGCAAAAUACUGAGAAGAUAUUGGAAGUUUUGCACUGCACUGAUCAGCAGAAAGUUCUCUAUUCUACUUUUCAGCUAGCAGGAAAGGCUGAAAGAUGGCGGACAAUGGCUGAUGAGUUCUCGAGCCUGACUCGGGGAACUUUGACGGUGCAUAGAUAUGCUGCUAGAUAUAUUGAGCUAUCUCGUUUCACACCGUAUUUGAUCUCGAACAAGUAUGAGAAGGCUCGUAGGUUUGAGAAGGGUCCGAGGAAGGACAUCUGCAGGCUGGUGGGAAUGCUGCAGAUUCGAGAGUUUUCUAUUCAGGUGGAUAAAGUCACCAUAGUCGAGGCUGACCUUUAG